GCGAACGGAGCGUUUAUUCUUCGGCUGCUGCUGCGAGAAAACACGCGCCACCGAAAAAGAACACUUUUCGAAGUUUCGUCGUGUAACAACAGCCAGUUGGAUGGUUGAAGAUUUUCCGUGAACAAUCCAGUGAACUUUGGUUGCCGAUUUUUUCGUUAUAACAAGUGUUGCACCCCUAAACCAAUACGCACCAGUUAAAAUGUAAAGUGUAUGUAAAGCGGAAAGAGAAAAAACACCGAGCAAUAUUAGAUGCACAACGGUCGUACCCAGAGAGCGCCGUAGCUUAGCGCCGCAUCUCUGUGUUGGUUAGGUGUAUGUGUGUGUGCGUACAGGCGCGCGGUUGUGUGUGCCCCCGUCGUAGGCUUUUGUUUGCCGUGUUGUGUUCCGUUUCCGUUUAGCGAGCCAUUACAUACUGCGAGCGAAUUUCCUUCCGGCGAUUUUUCCUUUGCAAGAUAUGGUGUGAAAACAAGGCAGAAAGAAAAGAGAAAAAAAAGAAAAGAUACAAGUGCCCGUGCUUAUGUUGUGUGCGUGAGCGUAUGUGUGCAGCAGUGUUAUCAAACCCCCCGGAUAGCAAGAAAGAAAGAAAAGCGGUAAGAAAGCGUGUGUAUUUUCGGUGUUUAUUAUUGGGUGGUUUUGUGUAUUUCCACACAGGAAUUUCGGUGUGUUUUGAUUGAUUCGAGGCGGAAAUAAAACCCACAGCUGAAGAUCGGAGAGUGCGCGUUUUGGGGGAGGGAAAUUUUCCGAUCAGUUUUCCCGCGCUUCUUAGAUUUAAAUACGCGUGUGUGCUUGUGCGCGUGUGUGUAUUGAAUUGUGAGCCUGUCGCACUGGAAAGAAUCAACACAAUUCUGCCGGCGCGCAGUCGUCAUCACCAAUAGCAACCAAUACACAAAAUCCGGCGAAGAAAAGCGAAUCCCAAAAGGACUUUCCCGGAAGCGAACGACCGAAAGAGAAAGAUAUAUUUAUAUAUGGACAGAGGAGUAGUACAUAAAAACGGGAGAGUCUGAUUUAGACACAAGCAACAAGUUGCUUCAUCGGAAGAAAAGCGUGUGCGAACUCAGCGUCAGAAUUUUUGACAGAGUGAGAGCAGGCGAACCUUUUUCCUGGUGGAAGUUACAACUUUGCUUUUCGCGGAUGUCGCUUCGGUGUUCAACAUUAUUGGAAACAUAACUACAGAAAUUCCUGGAUGUAUCGCAUCUCGUGAGAUUGUCCCGGAUUCGUUGCAGCCAUAUUAUCGACGAUCGAUAGCAUACUAGCACGAUUGCGGCCAUCAUUCGUGAACACCAGGCUAGCAGUGCAGCGGUGUCCGGGCAGGACGUAGUAACCAGCGCCAUCCAACCGCCGUCCACCGCCGCUGCAGCCAUCUUUGCCGCCGCCGCCAUGAAGCUAUUACCGAUCCCGCUCUCCCCGCUAAAUGCGCCACCACCGCUAGGGCUAUGGAACUCAGAGCUGCUAUGGCGCUACCCGCCAGCACCACCGAGCCCACUGGCCGACCUAAAGACACAGCUUCCGUCCCAGCUCAACACGGACCCACGCAUCUGGGGCCGGGAUGAGGUGGUUGUUUUUCUGCGCUUCUGCGAGCGGGAGUUCGAUCUGCCCAAGUUCGAUCUGGAUCUCUUUCAAAUGAACGGCAAAGCGUUGUGCGUGCUGACAAAGAACGAUCUUGCCGAGCGCAGCCCCGGCGCCGGUGAUGUGCUACACAACGUGCUGCAGAUGUUGAUCCGGGACGCACAGACACUGCACCGGCAUCUUCCGAGCAGUCCGGUCACACCGACCGGUCGCUAUCCGCUCUCGCCGCACAGCCACCCGCCCACACCGAACUGGAGUGCGCUUGCACCCCCGGACAGUCCGUUCUUUCACAGUUCGCACCUGCAGCAGUUUAUGGCCGCGUCCAACUCGGUCACACUCAGCCCGGCACCGUCGAUCGAUUCGCAGGCCGGCAGUCCACCUUCACAGAGCCACGCCGAACAGAACGUGUUUCAGCAGCAGCAGCAGCAACAACAGCAACAAUCCAAGUCCUCCGGAGCGGGCUCAUCCUCAUCGUCCUCUUCCUCGUCAUCGUCGACCAAUGGAAGUGCCGGUAGUGGUGGUGGCAACGCCAACGGAAAUGGUACCGGUCCCAACACGAACGGCACAUCGGCUGGAAAUGGUAGCAACAGUCUGAUCAGCAGUAGCAGCAGCAGUAGCGCAGCGAGCAGUACCAGCAGCAGCGUCAGCAAUCAAUCCGACUCGGACGAAGAUAACACAACGGUGGGCAAUGGUACCGGCGCGACCUCCACAACGGGUGGUUCCACCGGGAACGGAUUCCAUCCACUGCCCCUAUCACAUCCGGACAGUAAAUUGCCACUGAUCGCAACGCAUCCACCGCAGCAGAGCCCUCCGCUGACACCGAUCUCGAAGGAAACGCAGCACCUCGGUCAGCUGCAACUGCUCGACACGAAAACGCUACAGUACCCGGUAUCGUCGCUGCUAAACGGUUCCAGCAGCAAUGGUGGAUCAUCGUCCCGCGACCGUGACUCAUCCUCGUCGGUCGGUGGAUCUUCGGCGAGUGCAUCGUCGAAUGCGGCAGCCGCCGCAGCAGCGAUGGCCGCGGCCGUACUCGGUCUGAAGGGUGCCGCCUCCAAUGGUAGCGGUUCGUCCGGUUCGUCAGGAUCCAAUUCGGCUCCAAGUACCCCCGGUGCGUUCCUACCCGUGAAGCGCGAGUUCUUCCCCGACAAUCCGGAACCAAAUACAAUUUCGUCCGGUUCGCUUUCAGACGGCCGACUGCUGUGGGACUUCUUGCAGCAGCUGCUGAACGAUCCGAGCCAGCGGUACAGCAGCUAUAUCGCGUGGAAGUGCCGCGAUACGGGCGUGUUCAAGAUCGUCGACCCGGCCGGUUUGGCGAAGCUGUGGGGCAAACAGAAGAACCAUCUCUCGAUGAACUACGACAAGAUGUCGCGCGCCCUGCGCUACUACUACCGCGUCAACAUACUCCGGAAGGUGCAAGGUGAACGGCACUGCUACCAAUUCCUCCGCAAUCCGACGGAGCUGAAGAGUAUCAAAAACAUCUCACUGUUGCGGCAAACGAUGGCAGCUAGCCAGGCCGCAGCAGCCGCCGCUGCGGCACAAUCCGGAAGCGGCAGUGAGCGCAACGGUGACCGAGUGUCUGCGAGCAAUGGGUCAUCCAGUGCCGCCAAUUCGCUAAUGUCGCUGCUCCCGAACGGGGCAAACAUUCAUCAUCUGGCCGCCGCAGCAGCUGCCGCUGCCGCAUCUCAGAACGGGCCGCUCUCGCCUUCGUCCUCGUCGUCGUCCUCAUCGCCAUCAUCCCUGCACCAUCAUCAUCACCUGCAGCAGCAGCAGCAGCAACAGCAGCAGGCACUCCAUUCGCAUCAUCUCGCAGUACAAAAUGGUUCGGGACCGCACCAUCGUAACAUUAAGAUGGAAACCGACCUGGACGACCUGAAGCCGACCGAUCUCAGCACGAACGAUCGCAAGUUCAGCUACGGAUCGCCGGUCAACGGUACCGAUUGUUAUCCACUGAUACGAAACGCUAAUGGACUGACGACAAUUCAGCUGCUCCGACAGCAGCAACAGCAGCAGCAGCAACAACAAUCGGAAGCUGGUUCGCCGCCGUCCUCACCAACGCCCCUGUCGAUCAAUUCGCAAUCGCUGCACACGAUCAGCAGCAACCUGCACCAUCUGCAUCAGCAGCAGCUACAGGCACAGGCGGCAGCAGCGGCAGCUAUUGCGGCGGCGGCCGAAGCUCGCCACCAGCAGGACGACCAACCGGACCAUCCCACCCACCAUCAUCUGCAGCAUCCGCACGCACACCACCAAUCGCACCACCACUCAGCGCGAAACGGCAGCCGAAGCAGCAGUACGAGCGGCACUAGCGAGCACGACCAUCAUCGGGAACCGCACGACCGGGAGCGUGAUACACCAUCGCCCGCCAACAGCGAAUCGUCUUCCCAUCCUGCUACAGCAGCAACCACCCAGCAGCAUCAUCACAUGCACGUGAAAAGCGACGACGACAGCAUGAUGCCAACGGAUCUGAGCAAAUCCGAACCGAUGUACUACAAGUGAGCGGGCAUGUGAUGCGGAUUGGAACGCGAAACUAGCGUGCAAACAGCAGCAGCAGCAUAUGAUCUCAGCCAGUAUAACACAGGAUCAUCCGCCGAGUGGAGUGUAGUGAACAAGGCCACUAAGAAGAAAGUCUGUGUGCCAUCAGCGCGUUUCGCGUAUCCGUUCCGUGCUUUUCCUUCGAUAUGUCGUCACAAAACACACCCACACACCAAUUACCGAUCAUUACCACCGUUUAAUAAGUUGUGUUAUAACCGUAUAAACUCCGCUUUUGCCCACAUUUCCUGUGAUUGGAAUGUACUGAAUCCCUUUCCUCCCUCCCUCCUCCCCUUGACAAACGGCGAAGCUGUUAGAAAUGAAACUUAGAAUUAGGAAGAGUUGACUGAACACUGUAGUAAAGAGAAGGGAAAAGUUGUUGUACAUUGAAUUCGAAGAUGGAGAGAUAGAGAAGAUGAGAGAGAAGGAUGGACCAAACCAGCCUCCGGGAAAACUUUCAUACACACAAAACUUACUAUGUGCCAAUCUGAUUUGUUCUACGGUUUUUAAUCGCGUUCAGAGUUUAUAAAAGAGGGUCAGAUGCUAAAUGUUUAUAAAAGGGAAGAGAAAAUGAAAUUCAACUGAAAUAGGAUGUGAAACAAGACGAUGUGAAAAUAAUGUUUGAACUAACUGGAGCCAGCACCGCCCAAGCUCGCUUCAUACGGCGGGCAAUGGCAAAUGGCGCCCAAUAUAUGCAUAUAAAUAAUAAUUAAUUCAUUUGUAUAUGUACUCCAUGAUUUUUUUUUUUAGUACUUUCACAGCACCUCCUCGUGUGUUUCCACUCCACAAAUUAGGAUCCAACGGACACAACAUCCAAUACACACAAUACACAACUUGGAACCAUUUAUUGUACAGAUAGUUUAAUUCUUUGGUAGCAACAAUUGUUAGUUGUAUUAAGAGAGUGUUACGGUCAGACGGAGUGUGGAAACUGUAAAACAGCUUGAUAAUUCUUCCAUGUUUUUUUUUGUUUUGGUUUCCAUUAGAACUAUUUUUUUUUAUUACAAAUUAAUUGAUUUAGCUAAGAAUAGUUCAAGAAUCGCGCCCGGGAUGAUCUAAUUGAUAUCCCUUUUUUGUUUUGGUUUCUACAUCGGAAGGCCAAGGACGUAAAGCCUGGGCAAGCGAAGCGAAGUACAAGCAGAGAAGUCAGUUUUGCGGUUGACUUCAGGUAAAGGGCGGCAAUGACUCAACGGAAUGCUGCUGCUGUGGGGUUCCCCCCGCACUCGAAACACUCACCAUUGCGUUUUUUUCUGUGUUUUUUGUUUGGGAAAGUGAGUGGCAGAGCGAGAGCAGAUUUGAAUAGGAUUUGUUUUUCUUUUUUAAUUGUUUUCCAACCCCCCCGUUCCAUUAUAUGUGUUGUUUAGCCAUGUAAGCGAUGUAGCUGUAAGUGACAUACAUUUUACGUGUACCUUUAAAAGUAAACUUCCGUCAACCCCACACCCCACAAAAGCAACAAACACCCCUUUCAAAUUGGCUUCCAGGUUAGGCAGAAGAUAGAAAAAGAGCGAGAGAGAAAGCGAUAAAGAGAAACGGAUUUAUAAACCAUGUUCAAUAUUACAAUUCGCUAUAAUACGGACGGUAAGAAGGAUCGGAUAGCAGCUACACAUUAUGUUGGAAUUAAAUGUGAUUAAGAUGAAGUGAAGCGUACCAAGUGCACAUAUAGGAGAAGAAAACAAACAAAAACAAAAUACUUAUCAGCACUAAAAAGCGCUCACGGCACACACGCACACGCGCGGUGGAUGCUUGUGGGCGUCCACAUAAAUUUAGACUUUAGACAAAAAGGCAUACAAGCAAGAGGAUCGUUUAGUAGCGUGCGUUUUGUUGUGUUAUGGUGCAGGAUAUGGAAAGAGAGUGCAAACACGUGUGUGUGUGUGUUAGGGUUUUCAUGUUUCACUUUGCGCUAAACUUAGCUAGGAAUAUGAUUGAUAGUGUUUAAAUAAUCGCUGGGGAAUUUUGGGGAAAUAUGGGAAUAUGAAGAGAUAUGAUGAAAAUGGUAAAACAGCGAUCGGUAACGCCCCAGGGGAAACGAAACACAGUGUGUUGUACGCGCCGCUCUCAAAACAACAUCCCGGGUAGGUUUAGUUUCGUUUUAUUAUUUUUUAAGUAGCGUAAACUGUGAGAAGUGUGGCUUUAGUGGCGACCAAUGCAAACGAAAUCUUCCUUAUUAUGUGUUUUUUUGUUUUGUUCGACUUUAGUUUUUUGUAUAUCUGUAUAUUGUACCCCCAAACAACUCCGCUCCACGAUAUAGGUUAUGGAACAUAGUUUUCUUUCUCUUUUUUUGUAAAUAUAGUAAACCAACGCUUAGUUA